UUUCUCCCUCUUUCCUCGGCCAUUCCGAUCCAACCGAUAGUCCCAUUUGGUUCCGAACUUCCGGUGGAAAGAUUUUUUUGCCCCCUUCCAAUAUUCUCGUCGUGGCCGUCGUCGUCGACGCCGAUUUUUUUUUCCUGCGCAUCGAAUCCAUAUUUUUGAUUUUCUCGUAAGCGGUUUCGUGGCAGAUCUGUCUUUCUAGCUGCGAGCUUUUGUCGAUCGUUUCUCAAGCAGUUUUGUUCUUUUACUUACUAGUUGUUUUGCGGCGGUAGAUAGGCGGUAUUCCGACCGAUCUGUUCUUACGGUGGAUUCAUUCUUUCAGGCGUUCCCGCUAAUAUUAAGCAGCUUUCUUUCUUUGAAGGCGUUUUAGGUUUUGGCCUUCAAGAGCGGUUGUGCUUUAGGAUUUCAAGGACUUGCUGUGCCGUCUUUCGAGCUGGAGGGAGGAAACCAAGGAUUCUUUUGUGGUGAUUUCUGGUGUGAAGUUAUGGCUGCAGAGACGCAGGUCACACAGCCUGAGAAGCCUCUGGAAGAAAUAAUGAAGAAUCUUAAGGUUGAUCCUUCUUCUAAAGUCAGUGAUUCCAAUCUGCCUCCUCCAAAGGAUGGAAAUCCCUCGGAUGCAACUUCAUAUAUUUCCUCUGGCGAUGUGACAAGCAGUGUUAAGGAAAGUGAUGCGGAUCACGAAUCUGUGAUGGCUGAUCCAGGCAUGUACUCUGGCAGCUACUAUGGAUAUUACUACCCAGGAUAUGAUGGUUCUAUGGGAGAAUGGGAUGAUCAAGGAUACUUUAGUGGUCGUGAUGGAUUGGAGAUUCAAUAUCCCGUCAUUCAAGCUGAUAAUGGAUCUCUCAUAUACUACAUGCAAGGUUAUCAACCUGGUUAUGUUCCUUACAGCCCAUACUUCCCUGGUGCUACAAUUGGCAUUGAUGGACAGUAUUAUGGUCAGCAGCAAUACUUCCCAAGCCCUACUUUUCCACAACCCAUUGCUGGACCUGGGUAUUUCCCAACUCCACUGCCUUAUGGAUCAGAAGUUGUGCCCUCAUGCAUCUGGGAUCCUUCUGUUGUUGUUGAGGAUGGGGCUCAUGGUAAUGGCUAUGGCGGAGUUCCAACAAUACCCGACUCAAAACAUAAUUUCUCUGCCCAGAGACACAACCUUACUCUCUCUUCGAAACCUCUGAUGGAUUCUAAGUCUAGUAAUCCAUCAGAAGUUAAGGGCUCCUCAACAUCACUCGAUGUCUCACCAGGCCCUGCUGCACUCAACCAAUUCAAGCCUGCAAAUAAGGCAUCUUCGGUUCUGGCCAAGGGUUACUUUCCCAUUACAAAGUUUCCAUACUCAAAUCAGGGGAAAGGUGGUUUGUUAUAUCCCAACAGCCCUGUUAAUUUGAAAGUAAAUGGGCGGGGAUGGGGUGGCAAUGAAAAGCUUAAAGGAAGAGGCAAGAUUAAUGGAAUUAGCGAUUUUGAUUUGCUAAAUGAACAGAACCGUGGCCCGAGAACAGCCAAUGCCAAAGGAGCUUUGAUGUCUGGAGCUGAUCUAAGUGGAUCUAUAGUAGCUGGUGGUGACAGAGAUAGUAACUGCAUGACUGCUGUAGUCAGGAGGGAAGAAUACAAUCUUCUGGAUUUUCCCACCAAAUAUGAUCAUGCUUUGUUCUUUGUCAUAAAAUCUUACAGUGAGGAUGAUGUUCAUAAGAGCAUCAAGUAUAAUGUGUGGGCAAGUACACCUAACGGGAAUAAGAGGCUUGAUAAUGCUUAUCAAGAUGCACAGGCAAGAACGGCAGAGAAAGGCAGCAAGUGUUCUGUCUUCCUUUUCUUCUCGGUCAAUGCAAGCGGUCUGUUUUGUGGAGUAGCUGAGAUGAUUGGCAGGGUAGACUUCAAUAAGAGCAUGGACUUUUGGCAGCAAGACAAAUGGAGUGGUUAUUUCCCGGUCAAGUGGCACAUUAUUAAAGAUGUUCCAAAUGCUCACUUCCGGCAUAUAAUACUUGAGAAUAAUGACAACAAGCCCGUAACUAACAGCAGGGACACACAAGAGGUUAAAUUUCCUCAAGGCAUCGAAAUGUUGAAUAUUUUUAAAAACCAUUCGCCAAUGACAUCGAUAUUGGAUGACUUUGGUUUUUAUGAAGGUCGCCAGAAAGCAAUGCAAGACAAGAGGGCUAGUAGGCCACCUACACCACGUUGGGAUCAUGUGCAGAAGCCUGACGAAUUAAUGCAAGUGACCGGUCUUCAAGUGGUUGAGCUGAGCAGUACUAAGAACAAGGAGGAAGUGUGGGCAGAUAACAAAGUGAAGGAAUAAAAAAGGAGACUGGAAACGUAUGGAGGAGCAUGGGGGCAGGGCUGGAAUGAAUAUCAAAGCGGGCUUCCAAAUUGAUGCCAGAAAGUGGAAGUAAGGUGACAAAAGAAAAUGAAGAACCAUGAUUGAAAAUUUUGUUCAGGCGCUGGCUUUUCUAGCUGCGAGGAAGGUUUGAUCUUUCAUGGCCUGCCCCCCCAAGUCUCAUUUGUACUAUUAUAUAUAGGAAGUAGGAGA